AUGCUCCGUCCUCUGGCCCGUGGAGCUGUCCGCUCGCUCUGCUCACAAUGUCGACUGAUCGCCCCGGUUCAUGAUAAUAAUCAUCCUUUCAUCCUCCUCCGCCGUCUUCAAACCUCCACUUCUCCAGAUCGUGUCCCCCUCCGCAAACAACUCAAACAAGACGCCAAGGCCCUCAAGGCGCAAAAGAGACAACGCAAAGAGAGCGAAGAGGCCUCCAGACAAGAAUGGGAAUUGACAGUGGGUGUGGAGAUCCACGCCCAACUAGAUACAGCUGCGAAGCUGUUCUCCAGGGCGCCGACCUCCAGCACCGAUACCCCGAAUACCAACGUCGCGUUGUUUGACCUGGCUUUUCCGGGCAGUCAGCCGGUUCGGAUACCCAAAUCCUGCCCAAUUGAAUUGAUUCUGACACGCAUUCCCCAGGAAUUUCAACCCGCGACACUUCUGCCUGCCCUCCGCGCCGCAAUUGCUCUCAACUGCCAGAUCCAGCCCGUCAGCCGGUUCGACCGGAAGCACUACUUCUACCAGGACCAGCCGGCAGGGUACCAGAUCACACAAUACUAUGAACCCUUUGCCCGACACGGCUACGUGGACCUCUUCGAUUACGAUGGCAUUGCUCCAGAAGACGGCGAUCGGGUGAGAGUGGAUAUCAAGCAGGUUCAGCUGGAGCAGGACACGGCCAAGUCCCAGGAGUAUCCGCCUUCCACCCAACUCCUUGACUUCAACCUCAUCUCCAUGCCCCAGAUCCACUCCCCCGCGACGGCCGCGGCCUGUGUCCGGAAACUCCAAUCAAUCCUACAAUCAUGCGGUGCCGUGACGACAGGAAUGGAACUAGGUGGGCUGCGUGUCGAUGUCAAUGUAUCGGUCCGUCGCCGGGACGAUGCCCCGGGACAGCAUGCGUAUGACGGGAUCAAGGGCUUGGGCCAGCGCACCGAGAUCAAGAAUCUCAGCAGUUUCAAGGCCGUGGAAGAUGCGAUCAUCGCCGAAAAGAACCGCCAGAUCGCCCUGCUGGAGAGCGGUGGCGUCGUGGAAGGCGAGACGCGCGGGUGGACAAUCGGUAGCACCGAGACCCGCAAGCUGCGCGGCAAAGAGGGUGCUGUGGACUAUCGCUACAUGCCCGACCCCGAUAUCCCGCCACUGAUCAUUGGCGAGGACUUGAUCGCUAAUCUUCGGCAGGCGUUGCCAUCAUCGCCGGAUUCGCUGGUGGCCAUGCUGGUUGGACCGGAGUACGGCCUGCCCAUCGAAGACGCCAGACCGCUCAUCGAGCUGGAUGACGGCGCGCGACUUGAGUACUAUCAGGAUGUGGUGGAUCUCCUCCGCCCUCUCCAGACCGAUCAAGACGAUAAGAAGGUCGCCCGCGUCGCAGGCAACUGGGUUCUACACGAAUUGGGCGGGCUGUUGACCAAGACAGACCGAGCGUGGGAUGCGGCGAUCGUUCCAGCCCAGUCCUUAGCCCACAUUGUCGACCAGCUCCAGCGCAAGCGCAUCACAGGACCCACGGCCAAACUGGUGCUGGCGGCCGUGUUCGACGGGGACCGGCGCCCCGUGCCGCAGCUGCUAGAGGAAGACAAUCUCCUGCUGCGCCCGCUCUCGCGCGAGGAGUACGUUGCGCUGGCCAAAGCGGCCAUCGCUCUGAAUCCCGGGAUGGUCGAGCAGAUCCGCACGAAGAAUCAGCUAGGCAAGCUGGGUUGGUUCGUGGGCCAGAUGAUGCGCGCCGGCGAGAAGGGCCGGGUCGAAGCGCCCAAGGCGGAGGAGAUUCUGCGCGAGCUGAUUCUGGGGGGACCGUAG